UACAGAAGAAACGAGAGUCGCAUGUGGCCGAUAGAUUUUCAUUUUAGUGUGUCCGUCGUUGUAGGGAAAAGGGUGUUUCGGUCGGAUACCGCUCGUCGAGCUCGGCUCCAAAUCCAGAUUCAUCCGCAAUGGCUGAUCAGCUUACAGAAGAACAGAUUGCAGAGUUCAAGGAGGCUCUCGCUGUUCGACAAGGACGGGGAUGGCACCAUCACGACCAAGGAGCUGGGCACGGUCAUGCGCUCGCUCGGCCAGAACCCGACGGAGGCGGAGCUGCAGGACAUGAUCAACGAGGUGGACGCAGACGGCAACGGAACGAUCGACUUCCCCGAGUUCCUUACGAUGAUGGCGCGCAAGAUGAAGGACACGGACUCUGAGGAGGAGAUCCGGGAGGCGUUCCGGGUGUUCGACAAGGACGGCAACGGCUUCAUCUCUGCGGCGGAGCUGCGCCACGUCAUGACCAACCUGGGCGAGAAGCUGACGGACGAGGAGGUGGACGAGAUGAUCCGGGAGGCGGACAUCGACGGGGACGGGCAGGUCAACUACGAAGAGUUUGUAACAAUGAUGACGUCAAAGUGAACAAGCUGCGUUUUUGGGGGAAGGAAAAAUAUUCUGGUGCGACGAGAAGAAAAGCGGAGGCAAGCAGCUGCAGCGUUCGGCGAUUGCAACGCGUGCUCCUACCACCCUGUAAUUAACUGCGAGAAGAGUGAAAAAAAAAACAGUAUAUAUGAUUUUUUUUACCCACUUCAUUUUCUUUUUGCUCUGUCUACCAACCUCCUUUGACACUUUGUUGUGGUCCCCCCUCUGCCUUCUCACCAGGAAACUAAGACAACAACCUUGAGGUGGUCUAUUCUAUAUAUAUACACAUACACACACGCUACAAAACCGGAAGCAGAGAGCCUUUUUCCCUCCUUUUUCAUGUUUCGUGGAAGUAGGCUAAAAGGUCCAGAUUGCGUGACUGAAACUUGUUUUCCCUUGCAUAUCUUUGAGGUUGUAGCUUCAAAUAAUCUUAAUGUUUCUUCGUUCACAUUUAAGAACUUGUUUUGCCGAGUACGGCAGCGAAAAGUACCAUGGCUUGGCACUUUUUUUUUUGCACAUGGAAUUGGAGUGAAGAAAAAAAAAAUUGAUAGCUGGAACAGUUGGCGGGGGGUGUUGAGUUGUGAUCCGUACAUAGAGAUAAUUCAAGUUAUAUAUAUAUAUAUAUAUACAUAUAUACAGCGCAGAAGUUUUGAGGAAAUGGUCCCAAGUUACACUUAAACCUGCUGCAUACACUUUUUUUUUUUUUUGUGGUGGUGUUAAGUAGAGCAUUGGGCAGAAAGUGUUGGGCUGUUUUUUGGGACGCAUUGAAUUUGUGUAAUCUUUUCCGUUUGCCGUCUUGCACAUCUAUUCCGCAUUUGUUGUUCCCCCCUCUUUCACUCCCUCCUCUAUCUUUGUCUGCAAUUUUUUUUUCUGUGUUAGGUUGAAGACUUGUUUUACUAAAGAAAGUUUUUUAAGACCUCUGUUUCUGUGUGUGUACUUUUGGAAGGCGACUAAGACCGCAAGCUGACCCUUCUCACAUCUCCUUUUCUGCUUGAGUAUGUUUACAACCCGGUGGAUAUUUUCUUGCGCCCUUAGUCUUGUGACAGUACGUAGGGACCCAAGAUUAAGGUUUUCGCAACUGCGAACUUCCAAUGGUGUCGCACCUUGCAUUUCUUGGAAGGAGGCUCGAUCUGGCGGUUUGAGACCUCAACGAAUUUCCUACGAAGUCAGUUUUGUCAUGCAACCUUUUAGCAUUUCUUUUUUCAUUAAUAAUUUAUUAAAUGCUGUGCUAUCUUUUUUUAACCUGCCUUUUUUUUGUAGCUAGAGCAAUGAAUUGACGUUUUUGAGGCUGUUACAUCUAUACCCUUUUGAACUCCAGUUUCCUUUUGUGACUUGGAUGAAAGUAACAUUCCAUGAAUUUUUCCGGAGUUUCCAUCGUCAAAAGGGCGGGGUUCGGGAGUAGGUCUACUUUGACAUAUUUUCUUUUCGAGCCUUUGAUAGCCUCUCAUCGCUGACCAACAGAUUGCCGAGGAUUUGUAGUGCAGGACUUUUUGAGCUUGGAGAAUAAAUACCCUCCCCUUUUGCCUUUUUCCUCCCUUCAGUCUUUGGAGAAAGACUUCAUCAUCCAAUACCUUGGUUAGUUGUGAGCCUCGAAUUCUCGUCUUUACUACUGACAAAGUGAGUGCACUCGGAAUACUGCUAAGCGAGGUUUUAUUUGGCAAGGAAAGUAGCGUGGAUUUAACAGACAAGAGAUGUAAAGACGAGCGAGAAGAAAUGAUGGCAAAGGUGGGAAAUUGCUUCUGGCAGAAGUGCGGUGUAUCUUGAGCGGAGAUUUUUCAAUAAACGAUGCUUCACCUUU